UUGGAGUUCAGCUUCAAUAGAUAAUGGUUUUUUUUUGUUCUACAGGCCAGUUUUAUGUAGAACAGCCGGAUGUUGUCCCUGCUGUGAUUGGAGAAGAUAUCUCCAUACUGUGUGCUCUUCAUAAUAAAUUAUCUGGUGCUAUAGAGGAGAUUACCUGGAGGGUAGGAAGAAGAGAUCUGUGUUUAGAAAAUUAUGAAUUUUUAAUAUGGAAUACAGAAAAUAUAACACAAAGGGUUGGACGAUGGAGAUUACAGAAAUCUGAGAAUAUCUUCCUAUUACACAUAGAGAGUGUUAAACAUUCUGACAUUCAGCAAUACUGCUGUGAAGUAGUCACAAAAACAGGAUCAGAUGGACGGUCAUCUAACCACGGCACCCAGCUAGUGAUAGCAGAUCCUAAUCAGAAUGAUCCCGAGUUCACAGUCACUCAGUCUGAAAAUAUAUUGGCUAAUGAAGGAGACUCUGUCACCAUCGGCUGCUCAUACACCGUCCCACCAAACCGAAACCUUCUGUGGAGUGGAGUUUUCUGGAGAGUGGGCAGCCCAACAGGACCCUACGCCUAUCACCCCUCUGAUCUGAUGGUUCAUCCCAAUUACAGAGGAAGAACUCAGCUGAGUGGAUUGGCUGAUCUCCAAAUUAACGGGGUCCAAGAUCCAGAUACCACCACCUAUUACUGCUUUGUGAUGCUGAAAUUUUGUAUUGGAACCAUCAAGACCAACUCAGUGCUGAAAUACGGGAGUGGGACGCAAUUAAAUAUAAAUGUGAAAAAUCUGACCUCCACAGAUUUCACAGGUCAGCAAACUGUAAUACUUGCAGCUUAUUUUGGGAUCAAACUCUUUUUACUUGUACUGAGUAUAAUACUGUGUGCCAUCUAUGUGAAAAGAAAGUGACCACACCAAAGUCCAAAUUGAAUGAAUCCGAGGAGAGCAGCUUGGACUCGGGACACCUGAAAAAACAGCUGUAAAUUGUACAUUUGGGGUUAUGGGGUCUCUAUUCUGUUUCUGGGAAAUUUGUUUAAAGGACAACAAUGUGAAGCGCCCUUUGUUAGUGGCUCAGCGGCAGGGCAGCCAUCAGGAAUUAUUGGGCCCCUUACACAGCUUCGGGCAUGGGCCCUCUGGAUCAGAGA